AUGGCUCAAACCUUUGAGCGUAUCGCGAACGACUUACUGCCGAAACUCUAUCGAUGCGGCCGAGGUCCGCAGAGGAUAAUUAGAUUCGAGAAAGCCAGCCAAGACCUGUCAUUCUUCGGCCUCGAGGCUUGCACUGUUGACCAUGAGAUCAACGACCUCUCGUCCCUGUCUUGGGGAAAGGGGUCCGACUUCAUCCUCGAUUUCGGCAUCCAUAUGGUCGGAUUUCUCUCAUUCCGCUUGGACUACGUCGGGCAAAACAUGGACGCUCCAUGUCGGCUACGUCUCACCUUUGGCGAGUCGCCACUUGAUGUAACGAUGGAUAUGAACAAUGUGAAUACCUGGAUCAGCACUGCUUGGCUUCCUGACGAGAUCAUCAAUGUCGAUACAUGUCCGCAGACAAUAAACCUCCCCCGCCGUUAUUCCUUCCGAUACUUGCGAGUUCAAAUCAUUGAUACUUCUCCCAAGUUCAAGGUAUCAUUCUCAAAUAUACAAUGCGAAUCAGUCAGCGCUGUCAGCCAAUACCAUCAGAUCGAUGCGGUUGAGUUCUCAGAUCCUCUUCUGCAGGAUAUUGACCACGUUUGCAUUUCCACGCUGCGAGACUGCAUGCAAACUGUCUUCGAAGAUGGCCCGAGACGAGAUAGAAGGCUUUGGAUUGGAGAUCUUCGCCUACAAGCUCUAGCAAACUACAGCACAUUUCGGGAUUACGAUCUUGUCAAGAGAUGUCUUUUCCAGUUUGCAGCAGUCCAACGUGAGGACGGCUCGUUGCCAGCCUGCAUCUUUGAAAAGCCCACGUUGACGGCUUCGACAGACUAUAUCGCUGACUAUGAUGCUCUAUUUUCCGGUAUUGUAUAUGAUUAUGUUGAGGCUUCUGGGGACACAGAAACUGGCCAUCUCCUCUGGGAGACUGUUCUCGACUGCCCGAAGCGACUGCUGCACAACCUCAACCCCACCUCCUACGUCUUCGAGGCCGAACGCAGCAAACAUCACAUUUUUCUCGACUGGGCAAAAGAUCUUGAUAAGAGUGCGGGAGCACAUGGCGUACUACUUUAUUGUCUGAGGGUUACCAACAAGCUCGCUAUACGACUCAACAAGCAGCCUCCGUACAACGGACUGAUACUCAAGAUGACAGACGCUGCGAACUCAUUCCUCAAGGAUGGUGUCUUUGUGUCUGGAGAAACUCGGCAAGUCAGCUAUGCGUCCGCCGCGUGGCUAGUUUUAUGCGAGGCCUUCCCUCCAGAAACCGCUCGCAAAGCUCUUCUCGCCACUCUUGCACAUCCAGAUGCUGUGAAGCCACUCACGCCUUACCUAUGGCACCAUGUUUGUGACGCUCUCGCGAGGCUGGAAUGCUACGAUGAAUGUGUUGAUCUUAUCAAGUCUUAUUGGGGCGGCAUGGUGGAAGCAGGGGCAGACACGUUCUGGGAAUGUUACGAUGCACAGGAUUCUAUGGCGAGUCCAUAUGGGGAUGUACGUAACAACAGUUGGUGCCAUGCUUGGAGCUGUACUCCAACAUAUCUGCUCAGGACGACGCUGCGAGAAACGGUCAAGGCGAGAAGAGUGGGUAAGGUCACAAUGGAUAAACUGGAUCAACGAUGGAUCAAGAGAUCUUCAAGUAAAUUUGUAGUAUAA